AUUUGUUGAGCUCUUAUGGCAACUUUCUGUGCAUGCAUUGAGGGAGGUUCAUAGUCGCACAUUUGCUGCUGAUGUAGCUUCUAAUCCACUUCCUGCUUCACUAACGGAUGCAUCUUAUCUUCAUGCUGCAGCUUUACUUCCUGUAACCAAGGCAAGGAUUGCACUUGAGAGAAGAAAGUUCCUAAAAAAUGCAAGUAUUGCUGUACAUAGGCAAGCUGCUUGGUCCAACUUAGCUAAUGAAAUGACUGCAGAAUUUCGUGCUCUUUGUGCUGAAGAG